AUGACAAGGCGAAUGUUUUGUCGUAAAGUAGAACUUGCUUCAAAAGAAGCUGCCGAGGUAGAGAUUCCUGUGCCAUGGGGUCGGAUUGCCGAAUAUGUUGGAAUAACGGCAGCCAAGUGGUGGGGCCCCAAGGAUAAGCAGCCUAUUCUAACAUUCCAUGGCUGGCAAGAUAAUGCAGGAUCCUUUGAUCACCUGGCACCGCUACUUAACAGUCCUAUCCUGGCCAUCGAUCUUCCCGGUCAUGGGUUCUCAAGUUGGCUACCAACUGGAAUUUUAUACUCAGAGAUGAUUCACGUGAUACUAAUCUACAGAAUAAAGGAGUACUUUGGUUGGAAAGAUGUUAGACUCUUAGGUCACUCUUGGGGCUGUAUGUUCCAUUUCUAUUAUGCAUCGCUGUAUCCAGACCACACAAAAUUUGUGAUCUCUAUCGAUGCUUUAAAAUAUGAGUCAAGACAUGUUCCUGAACACAGUCAAGCACUUGCUAAUGGUAUACCAAAAUUAUUAGCUGUAGAGAACCAAAGGACUCCACCACCGAGCUACUCGGAGGCCGAUCUCAUGAAAAGAUGGAUUGAAGCUACAAAUAACUCCAUCGACGAGAAAGCAUGUAAAACCCUUAUGAUUAGAGGAGCCCGUAAAUUAAAAAAUGGAUCAUACGUAUUUAGCAGGGAUCCAAUAUUGAAAUUGAGAUUCGUGUAUGCUGGCUACACUCACGAUCACCUGCGACAGAUAGCAAACCUUAUUAGAAAUCCUUACUUAGUCGUCAAAGCCGAGGGAUUGCAAUUAAUUGAAAGUGACGAGAACUUUUAUGACAUUGCAAAUAUAUUGAAAACAACCUGCAGUGAGUUUCGACUCGAAUGCUUACCCGGAACUCACCAUUUACACAUGUUGCAACCUAAACGGGUAGCCGAUGUGAUCAAUUCCUUUUUAGAAAAGCAUAAUACAUAGCUUUUUAGUGAAAAAGCCAAUCUUGAAAAAUGGAGACAGUGAAUGUUGCAUAACGAUGUGAGACCAUCGAAAGUCGUACUCAGUCUGAAUAUUUCUAAACGAUCACUGCUUCACCGAGUUUACCCUUAGACGGUUCAAGUAUUUCAAGUAAUUAUUUUAAGUAUUUAUUUAUGUUCCUACUAGAGCGUCGAUCUCUAAAUAAAGAAUUCCCAAACCGAA